AUGUCUGCCAUUCGUGCUAUUAAGACUGGAAAUAACCAAAAAUUGAUAAUUGCAUUGAGAGACAUAAACUCUACCAUUAUUGACAUCAAUGCAACUCUGCAAAGGAUGCAUGAAAAAUGUGACCCAUAUGUCUUUUAUCAUAUGAUACGACCUUACUUAAGUGGUUGGGAAAAUGAAGAUCGCUUACCGAAAGGGCUAAUAUAUGAAGGGGUAGAUGGUAACGAUGAAAAUGGUGAUCCUAUUUAUCGUAAAUAUGUAGGUGCCAGUGCUGGUCAGAGCGCAUUGAUUCAGGCAUUGGAUAUUGCUUUAAAUAUUGAACACUAUCCAACAGGGGAUCUUGCAAAGGUCGCUAACAUCCGCAGUUAUAUCGUUUCACAGGCGAAUUAUGAUUCUAAUAUCACCAUCUCUUCACCUGAUGAAGACAUGGGAAUGCUUCAGGGAACCACCGAAAUGGUUCGAACGUAUAAUGAAUCUACUAACAAUGUUAAUACAAAUAACAAAGAAGCCAAUACGAAAGUAAAAAUCACUACCACCAAAUCCAUUGAAAUUAAAGGUACUGGUGGGACUAAUUUAAUUCCUUUUUUAAAACAAAUGAGAGAUGAAACAAUGAUUCAAGAGAUUCAGAACUUUUAUGAAUGA